AUGCAAGGAGAAUGUACAGUUGAUAUAACAUCUCGUAGAACAUGAUUUGAUUUUGCAAGCAGUUUAGUACAAACAGAGGAGUUUCAAAUAAAAAUGGAACUCAUUGAUGAAAAAGGAAAGAAAAACAAAGCAAUGCCAAGAGUUCCGUCAAUCUGAUGUUCAUCAACAAACGAAGCUCUCUCUUUAUCAUCUCGUGUCAUAUGCAACAAAGGAUGUGUCUUUUUUCCUUCUCGCGAAGAUCAUUUUCCUUUCAAGAUCACUGAGCUGGUGACUGUGGAGGUGACUGCAUCUGGAGAAGAGACAAGAUCUGAGACAAAUGAGCAGAAGACUAUGCAACGGACUCCUCAAUGCGCCUGGAUGAUGCCUCCAACGUGGUGA